CUUCGAAUCACCUCCCACCACGGAUUUUCUGAUUAGUACUCCGUACACCAUCUUCUGAUGUCUACAUCAACCUGGAUAUGGCGCUUCCACGACAAAAAGAUACAGUAAAUCGGGUUCCUUAUGCACGAGACUGACACGAAAGCUCAGGAAUCAGAGUUCGACAGCACAUGAACGGGCCCGCACAUCCGUCGGUGGCUGCUCGGUACUAUCACCAACUGCAACUGAUUCCUCAUCAAUACCUCGGCCGUGAUCAUCCAGCCUCGCCACCAAUGUCAAUAUUAUCAGCAACCCGAUGAUGCCAUGCGCCUCGCCCACCUGCAUAUACCGCGUCUGAUACCAUACAGCCAUUCGCUGGCCUUGCAACAUGCGCUGCUGGAAAGACACUUCAGCUACAAGGACGCGCUCCGUGGCGUGAGCCUGGUGAAAGGCGCCCACGACGUCGAUAACAUUACGGAGCAUGGUGCAGUUGGACCCGGCAAGGCGACGGCUACCUCGAGACCCUCUGAACAGUUCUCCUGGACGCUGGACGCAGGCGCUGACGCAGGCUCAACCGCAGCUGCACGAGCCAGAAAUGGACACCCUACGUCGUCCUCACCACCAGAUCCUACGCUCCUGACAUUCUCCACCCACCCAACCUACACCGUCGGCCGGCGCCAUCUCCUGGCGAAUCCCAUCUCGAAAUCCCAACAAGCCUUCUUGACCGCCGAGGGUCUCGCGACCUUCCACGCCUCCCCACGAGGUGGCCUGCUCACAUACCAUGCACCAGGCCAGUUGACGGGAUACAUCGUCGCAGACCUGCGCCAGCAUGGCAUCACACCGCGAUGCUGGGUGAAGCUACUGGAAGAGAGCGUCAUGCGUACGUGUUCAUACUGGGGCGUGCAGACAAUGCGGACGGAAGAUCCAGGCGUUUGGAUUAAAACUAGCCCCUCGCAAAUGGCCCCUGGCUCGGACCAGCUCGCAGAAGGAAGGGAGCAGUCGCUGCCGCACGACGAAGGAGAGAGCGACAGAAGCAAAAGCACUCGCAAAAUUUGCGCAAUAGGCGUGCAGGUAUCGCGCGGUAUCACGUCCCACGGCAUUGGGUUGAACGUAUUCGACGCUCUGUUUCCCGUCUCAUUGAAGGGCCGAUAUGACUUCACACCCGCGCAGACGCGCUCGCCAACUUACGAUCCGCGCACGAAGGGAUACUUGUCCUGGGGAUUCAGCAGGAUCGUCGCAUGCGGGUUGGAAGGGAAGAGCGUGACUUGGCUUGACCGUGAACGUUCGCGGCAUGACGCUAACGCCAGGACAGCGAGAGAUUCGGCACCCUUCGAUUUUUCACUGGAGGAUGUUGCCGAUGUCUUCGCGAGAGAAGUCGUGCGCGGGCUAAAUGAUAUGAGAGGUCAGGGAAAAGAGACUGUCGAAGAUGUGUAUCGCAUUGAAGAGAGAGACUUCUUCCUCCUCUCGACGAAUUGACCGGUCUUCAGGAGCGAUUUAAUGAGGUUCGGAGAUCAUACGGAACCGGCCCCUGAACAGUCCUCUAAAGACCAAAGUGAGAAGAGAUCUUGAUCUUCUGCCUUGACCGACGAGUUUUACGUCCGUUUCUCUCAGCGCCCGGCUUGCUGCUAUUGUCCGGUCACCACCAGAGACUACACCGAAGGUCUAACUUGCUUCCGUACGACCGGAAAGGCGCAGGCGCAAGUGCGAAGACAAAGAGACCCCUUGAAGCAUACAGUCUCAUGACCUUACGCGGGAGUCAGGCCAUCACGUCUGAUGGCGCAAUGAAACGAACAACGGAACUCCAACAUCGAAGUAAGAGCCUUCUGCGGUAACUGAGACACGACAGGGCAAGCUAGGCCCCAGAUGCAUCGUACCCCGCCGCAGCAUGAAGGCCCAGUAUGCAGGCCUGGCUAGGGACAUUUUACAUCCUACCGAGUCCUCUCUACAUAUGCUCUAUUGCGCGAAUCAGGGCGCUGGUCGACAAUUUCCGUAGACAGGCAUGGCAGCAAUGAAUACGAAGGGGACCCAGACCAGACCAGACCAGCCCAGACCGGUCCCGGUACCAGGAUUCUCAUCCUCAUUCUCAUCCCAGUCAUGCCAUUCUUUUCCUUCUCGGAGCUGUAGAACGGGACAGCCAUGUAUCGUACCGCAUGCAAUGGAUAGCAUCCCCGUAUCCACUCGUUGACACGAAUAUCAAACCGUGGUCU